ACGUACGGAGGAUCUUUCUUGUAUCAUAUGGAACAAAAUCGAGUGGCAAUUGGAUUCGUGGUUGCGUUGGAUUAUCAGAAUCCCUAUUUACAUCCUUACAAGGAAUUUCAGAGAUACAAGCACCAUCCACGUAUCAAAAAAUACCUCGAAGGCGGAACUUGCAUAGCGUAUGGUGCUAGGGCACUGAACGAAGGAGGCCUACAAUCGAUUCCCAAGCUUGCUUUUCCUGGAGGAGCUCUAAUAGGUGAUACCGCAGGCUUUUUGAACGUAUUAAAAAUAAAGGGCAGCCAUACGGCCAUGAAAUCCGGUAUGCUUGCAGCUGAAGCGGCCUACAAGGCGUUAACGUCGGAAGGAUCGUCGAGCAACACACCAGUGUUGUUAACGGAAUAUGAAGAAUCGCUGAAGAAUUCGUGGGUGUGGAAAGAGUUAUAUCAAGUAAGGAAUGUCAGACCGUCAUUCAACAAUCCGUUUGGUUUGUACGGAUUUUUGGCCUAUUCGGGAUUGGAAGCGUUUAUCCUCAAGGGAAGAGUACCAUGGACUUUCCAUCAUCAUCCAGAUUAUGCUGCAUUGAAACCUGCCAGCCAAUGCAAACCAAUAGAAUAUCCAAAGCCUGAUGGCAAAAUUUCGUUCGAGUUGUUGGAGAAUCUUGCUAGGAGUGGGACGAAUCACACUGAAAAUCAGCCAGUACAUCUUCGUGUACGGGACAAGAAAAUACCCGUUGAAAGGAAUCUCAAGAUAUUUGGAGGACCAGAGGGUCGAUUUUGUCCUGCGGGUGUGUAUGAAUUCGUGGAUGAUGAAGCUAAUCAAGGAGAAAAACGGCUACAAAUCAAUUCACAAAAUUGCGUGCAUUGCAAGACUUGUGACAUAAAAGACGUAUCACAAAACAUAGACUGGGUUACUCCUGAGGGUGGGAAUGGACCUGCAUAUUCGUAUACUUAG